UUAGUUAUUUUUGAGACGUGACUGUAACAAUAUCUCGAUAUUCCGCGACCGUUAAGUGAUCGAUGCGAAUCGUUUAAUGACGCAGUUCAUAAAAGCCAUGUGGUAGCGCCAGUUUAAAAUUAUAUAGUAAACGUGCAGUCCUCUGCAGUUCUACAAAAUACUACUCGAGUUUUUAGGAGAACAAAAUGUAUCAAACGAAACUUUUCACGACACUGCUGCUUUUGAACGUAGCUGGCAGCAUAGGUACGCAAAGAACCGUUUACAGGGCAGGCGACGAGCUAGUGGAAAUAACUCGAACGAAAAUUUCGAACCAAUACUCUCCAUAUUAUUCAUAUUACGCAUACAAUAGCGCUCCCCAGUAUGGUAACGUGGAUGUGGUUUACUACGGAUAUCCAAAUAGAGUGACUACCAACAAGCAAAGCGCGAAUCGACGCGUAUUAUCGGCAGAAACACCCGAAGUUUCAGCCCAAGGAUGCGCCAGGGGUCCAUGUGGCGUUGGAGCAAUGUGCCAAGAAACCUCCGGGGGUCGACCCGUUUGCUCCUGUCCGGCCGGCUAUAGUGGAAACCCGUUGACUCAGUGUAUAAGGGCCGAGUGUUUGGAUCACAGUGAAUGCAUUCGCAGUGAUCAAGCAUGUCGCGAUGGAAAGUGCAUAAAUCCAUGCAAUGGAGUAUGCGGAAUCAACGCAAACUGUGAGGUGCGAAAUCAUGUCCCAGUAUGCAGCUGUCCUCGGGGGAUGUCCGGAGAUCCUUUCGUGAGUUGUCGUGUUAAUGAUCCAGGUUACCUAACCCUCUACAAUCCAGCCCCGCCGCAAGACGGGCUCCAAUAUUAACAUUUGCCGAAGAGAAGCAACUAAUUUUUCGUUUUUAAAAAGCAGACGAAAAUUAUGACCUAUAAUUUAUGCCUUCCUCACCUCGUUGAGGAAAGGCUAUAAAAU